CGUGACGUAGAGUAAGUUCCUGCUGUGGUUUGAGGGAAACAGAUCGACAUUCAACCACGGGAGUAAACGCACUUUGCGGCCUGUGGAAGCCCCCUCCCUGAGUGAUGGCCUCACCAGUCUCUGUCUACAACUCCAACGCCCUGGACACACACAUCUCCAGUACCUCCAGAGAGCCUCUGAAGAUGGAGUUACUAGCUGAUGUGUCUCUGCUGCCAGGAGAGGACAGAAUUAUAGACAAAGACCUCAUCUACAUGUGUCCAUUCAACGCAGCAGUCAAAGGCAAAGUGUUGAUCACCAACUACAGACUGUACUUUAAGAGCUCAGACGCUGAUGUGGCGGUAACACUUGAUGUUCCUCUGGGCGCCAUCAGUCGGAUAGAGAAGAUGGGUGGAGCUUCAAGCAGAGGAGAAAAUUCAUACGGUCUGGAUAUCACCUGCAAGGACAUGAGGAACUUGCGGUUUGCCUUGAAGCAGGAGGGUCACAGCAGGCGAGACAUCUUUGAGCUACUUUUCAGACACGCCUUCCCCAUCUCACAUGGACUGCCGCUGUUUGCAUAUGUGACACAGGAGAAGUAUGAGGAGAGUGGUUGGGAUGUGUAUAAACCCGUCGAGGAGUUCAGACGGCAGGGCUUACCUAACAACAAGUGGCGUAUUUCGUUCAUCAAUAAGGGCUACGAGCUGUGUGACACCUACCCCACUGUGUUGGCCGUACCAUAUAAAAGUAAAGAGGAGGACCUGAGGAGAGUGGCUGCUUUCAGGUCCAGAGGACGCAUACCCGUUCUAUCAUGGAUCCACAGGGAGAACCAAGCAGUGAUCGUCCGCUGCAGUCAGCCUCUGGUUGGCAUGUCCGGGAAGAGGAACAAAGAUGACGAGCGCUACCUGGACCUGAUCAGGGAGGCCAACGAAACUACCAAACUCACCAUCUAUGAUGCUCGGCCCAAUGUCAACGCUGUAGCCAAUAAGGCCACAGGAGGAGGCUAUGAGGGGGACGAGUACCAAAACGCAGAGCUCAUCUUCCUCGACAUCCAGAACAUCCACGUCAUGAGGGAGUCCCUGAAGAAACUCAAAGACAUCGUCUACCCAAACGUGGAAGAGUCCCACUGGCUGUCCAGUCUGGAAUCCACACACUGGCUAGAACACGUUAAGCUGGUGUUGUCAGGAGCCAUCCAAGUAGCAGACAAGGUUUCCAGCGGAAACUCGGUGGUGGUCCACUGCAGUGACGGCUGGGAUCGCACCGCUCAGCUCACCUCUUUAGCCAUGCUGAUGCUGGACAGCCACUAUCGCACGCUCAGAGGAUUCGAGGGGCUGAUUGAAAAAGAAUGGAUCAGCUUCGGACACAAGUUUGCAUCAAGGAUAGGACACGGCGACAAGAACCACGCGGAUCAGGACAGAUCGCCCAUCUUCGUUCAGUUCAUCGACUGUGUAUGGCAGAUGACGAAGCAGUUUCCCACAGCCUUUGAGUUUAAUGAGCGCCUCCUGCUGACAAUCCUGGAUCAUCUCUACAGUUGUCGCUUUGGGACUUUCCUCUACAACUGUGAGAGCGCACGAGACCAACAUGAAGUGAGGUCGAAAACAGUGUCUCUGUGGGCCCUGGUCAACAGUAAGACGGACAUUUAUCUAAACCCCUUCUACACUCCAGAGUCCGGCAGGGUCCUCUACCCUGUUGCUAGCAUGCGCCAUCUAGAGCUCUGGGUCACGUAUUACAUCCGUUGGAACCCACGCAUUCGACAACAGCAGCAGAGUCCGGUGGAGCAGCGCUACAAGGAGCUGUUGGCGCUCAGAGACGAAUACUUGAAGAAGCUGGAGGAGCUGCAGCUGUCUGACUCCACCCCCUCCACCCGUCUGGCUAACAGCUCCACCCCUAACACCUCCUCCUCUAACUCCUCCACACCUUCACAGCAAUACACACAUCUACAAACUCCCUUCUGAGGGCUGCACACACACUCUCACUCUCUCAGAUAUACUUGUUGACUUGCACUUACGUCGUCCUCAUUCAGAUUUGUGUCAGUCUCGCACGCAGGGAAUAAUUAGUUUUGUGCAGUCCUAACUGUGGAUAACUAAGAAUGCUAAUAAGAAUUAGAUUUGGUUAACUCUUAACACCACAGUGGUGAUGAUGGUGAAUAUGCAAUAUGUCACAGUACAGCCUUGUCUCAAGACUUUUCUAUAUACUCACUCAUCAUACAGUGAAGCCUUAAAGACAUUCAGAUAAGGGCUUGAACACACAGGACAUGCAGCAGAGGUGUACCAUCAAAGCGGCACUCACCACACAGGAUCACCCCAAGAGCACUUAGUCUGUACAAUCAGCACUAUGUCAGAAGGACGAGCUUUUGAACGAACCCACCUUUUAUUCAAGCGUCUCUUACUACCUGUUUCUCAGGUUUUCUUAUCCCCGUCUGUGAGCUUUUACAGUAUCACAUGCUAACUGACUGAAUUCGGUCAUGCUGUGGCAAGAGUUGGCACCUGAUGAAGGUUGUGAGAUACAAGCGGAAGUGCUGGAUUUAGUUUGAAAUAUGCAAAAACAUCCAGCAAAAGUGUUGUUGUACCCAGGGUUGCAACGGUAUUUUCAGUACUGUUGCAGUAUUACAUAAUUAUCUUUAUCAAUUCCAAUGGCCCAGAAAGGAACGAAAAUA